AUGCUGCGACGCGUGCAACGACGAUGGCGCCGCCGUCUCCGCCGCUGCGUCGAUGAUCUCCGCGACGCCAAAGUCGCCGAUCGCCACCUCCUUCGUGCGGUGAUCGAGGAAUAUGUUGUGCGUCUUGAGGUCGCGGUGCACGAUGCCCUGGGCGUGCAGGUGCUGCAUCCCCAGGCAUAUACUCGCAAACCACAUCAUCACGCGCUCGAGCGGCAGGUACUCGUCCUUCUCCCGCUGCCGCGCGAUGAGCGCGUCGAGGUCACCGCCGUCGUAGUAGUCCAUCACAAUGCAGAGGCUGUCUUCGUUGAAGAGAAAGGCAUCUCGCUGCGUGACGAUGAAGGGAUGGUGGAGGCGGCUCAUCACGCGUAUCUCUUGCGCCGCCUCCUGCCGCUGCUGCUCGCUAAGGCCGGUGAGGGGGAUGCGCUUCAUAACAAAGACGCCGUUGUCCAGUGCGCGGCGCACUUUGAAGACGACGCCGAAACUCCCCGUCGCCAUCUUCUCCACGAUGUGGUACUCAUUCAUUGGGCUUGCUGA